AUGCGGUCUAGAGCGGGUCUAUCUAUCUUCCGAAUUGGCCCACCCAGGGGCGUCCCGCGCACCGAUAGGUCAUUCGAACCCUCCAAACGCUCGAAGCUUUCAAAAUUCGAUGUCGAGAGACAUUCUCGUUCAUCUGAAUCCUCGAAACCCGCCGGACGUUCCAUCGUGCCUUUUGCUAACACAGACAGCGCGCAUGGCGACUUGGUGAAGGAUGAAGACGUCGGGCGCAGAACGGAGAAGCGGGCUGCAACUGCUGCACCUGCACCGGUGUCAGGCCAGGCAACGUCCACGAAGCGUCCACGAGUUGGGUUCGAGUCUCCGCUAUAUUCGCCGUCCACAUCCGGAUCCGCUGUACGCCACCCCGACUUCUGGCUCCGGGACGGCUCGGUCGUCAUCCGUGUGGGGUCAUUCCUCUUCAAGCUGCACGGGUCGCGUCUAGAGCAAGAAUCAAAGUUCUUCGCCUACCUAUUUUCGAAUGCUAGAUCAGUGCAGAAAACAAUAGACGGCUGCCCACUCUAUGAGAUACACGUGUUGUCAUCGUCGGACUUCGCGGUGCUGUUGAAGACGAUGGAUGGGGGAAUCACGUACGCGCUGAACCCACCGCCGUUCCAUACCCUCGCUAUGCUUUUACGCGCCGCACACACCCUCCAAUGCACGAAGUUCACUACGUAUGCAUCGAACGUCCUCCGCACGACGUGGCCCUCCGAUCCCGCUUCCCUCACUCCUGAACGUACGCCAUACGCUGCAGAGACCAUCGCCCUAGUACGCAAGUGCGCGGUACCAGAGGUACUCAAGCGUGCAUACUACGAGCUGCUGCGCACCCCCAAUUUCGGCCAGGCGCACGACGAAGAAGACGACGUGUCACCGCUCGGGGUACAAGACUACUCGCGCCUCACCACCGUUUGUGAGAAGUUGCAAGCCGAGUGGAUGCAGAUCGUGUCGGCACCCCCGGACCAUUCGCAUAGCCAGUUGGCUUCCUGGGCGGAACGCGAGGCCCUCAAGUCCCGGCGACACUGCGAGCAGGCGCAUGCGAAUGGCGCGGAGAUGUGGGUGCAGGCCGUCGUUCAGAAACCUGUGUUUACCGAGGGAUUGUUGGAUCCACUUUGUGCCCUUCAGACCCUUGUCGAUAUUGACUGGAGUGCCCUGGGAUAUUGUGCACAUUGUGUGGACCGGUGGAGGACGGCGUGGAGGAAGAGGCGGGAGCGGAUUUGGACGGAUCUGGAUGUGUGGUUGGGACUGAGUUGA